AUGUCUCCCGUUUCGACCGACGGAAGCGAAUGGUCAGGUAUUAAUCAGUACUCAAUCCCAUCGCCAAACUCAGUCCGGGGAGCAUUUCCUACUCCGCCGUCUGGCCCGCAGUCUAAUGCCGGCCCUUCAGACACUACCUCCAUCUCAUCCAACAGUCUGACCCUUCCACCGCCAACCAGAAUGUCACAAAAGGCAUCGCCACCGAGCUCAGUCACCUCCCGGUCAAGAGUGAGUGAUGGCACGCUCUCAGAUCAGGGCGGCGCGAGGAGACAGAGGAUGGAGGAUAUGCUGUCCCAGCAUUACAUCGUGCUGAGGAGAUAUCUUCAGGGUCCGUCGAGAGACGACUCAAAUCUACGGUCAAACAAAGCUAGGGAUAAGCUCCUGCGGCUGUCUCCUGUCCUGUUCCUCGAGCUGAGUACCGACGUCUACGAUGAACUACUCAGGCGGCAGGCUGUCGUUGCUGCUUCUCGCCCGGGGCCUCCACGGCCAGAGGUUCCUCCUCACCUUCUUCCCCGGCAGGAAUAUCAUAAAAAGCGAAACCAGGCGCGCCAGAAGCUAUCCUCCCUGCAGGACCAGCGGUUUAAAGAUCUUGCAACAGACGUCUUUUGUGAGCUGGAAAGACGGUUUCCACAUUUUGCCGGGCCAGAGAUGAACAGACGAGCUAGUCCUGCGCCUAGUAUGGGUGGGCGUUAUGGUGGCCCACGUCCCGACUCUAACGGGCAAGGAUACGGAUAUCCGGGCACGCCAAACAAAUCUCGUGGUCCUCCACCUGGCCCCAGAGGCCCUGGGUACUCUUCUGGCCCAGGUCCAGGUGCCCGUUUUCCUCCGCGACAGGGCUCCCUCGGAGGUAUGUCUGCAACGGGGCUGGGAAUAAACGGUGAAGGCAUGCCGGACAACGCCCCUUACCAAAAGUCUUUUCAGAAUAAUACCGUUGUGCCCAAUAAAAGCACGCUGGUGGAAGAUGACGACGCCGACGAUGAUGAUGAUCGACGAAGCGAUGCAUUUGCGCUGGAUAAAGUGCUUGAUAACAGGAGGGAUACGACCGGCCCUGGUGGUGCAGAACGUGAUCAGAAGCUUGCCGAUGCUGAAGCCCAAGUGUCAAAGCUCCAGAAGAAAGUAGAAGAGCUGGAGUUGAUGCAUAAGGAGAAAGAAGAAGAGAUGAAUGCUCUCCGAGAAUCCAAGGACGAUUCAAGCGUAUGGGAGGCGGAGAAAGCAGAAUAUGAGGAGAGGAAGCGGGAACUGGAGGAACAGCUGUCCAACACGCAUAAUCUAAACAACUCGGUUCUCACUCAGCUCGACGAGGCUCGCGAUCGGCAAAAAAGCGCAGAGAUGGAACUUGAAAAGCUUCGCCAGGAAAGGUCCGUCAAUGGCACCGUCGACGGCAACGAAAACGAUGGCAGCGAUGGGGAUAUAAAUGACUGGAAAAUCCGAUUUGAAGACCUCAGCCGAGAACACGAAGCUCUCAAAGCCAAGCUUAAGCAUCAGCAAGAAGUCACUGAACAAGUACGGCAACAGGCUUCGGCCUUCUUGCAGGAGAUGAGAGCAUUGUCUGACGGGCAUAGCUCGAAUUGGGACCGUGAAGAGCGUCUUGUACGGGAUGUACAUCGACUAGAGGCGGAAGUCAAGCACUGGAAGAACCGAUAUGCAAAAUCAAAGACACAGUUGCGGCAUUUACGAUCUUCCUCCAUCGGCCUACCUGAAAACAUUCUAGACACAAGUCUCGUAGCAAAAGAGAACGACCUGACCCAGCCAGAUGGGCUGGUUAAAGAUGUACACAUCACUAAGUUCCAAAUGGCCAUCGAUGAAUUGUUACGCAUUGCACGCUCGGACGAACCGUCUCUCGUACUGGGGCAGAUGAAAGGUGUUGUGCUUGCAGUCCGACAUAUAACGCAAGAUAUCGACAACGCGCUGGACGGUAGUGGUGCUGAUGACGAGCCGACAAGAAUACGUACUCGGGCCAAGGCCCAGGUAUCAGCAACAGCGAACAACCUCAUUACAGCUUCGAAGAACUUUGGCAACUCCAAUGGCCUGUCUCCGGUCUCUCUUCUAGACGCAGCUGCCUCCCAUCUCACCUCAGCUGUUGUCGAGCUAGUUCGAAAGGUGAAGAUCAGACCUACGCCGGAGGACGAGCUCGCAGACGAGGGAGAGGAAGACCAGCUCGCGCCCAUGCAGUCACCUGGAUACUUUAGCGUGGCUCCCAGCCUAACACGGUUCAGCGGCAACGAGUCCAUCUACAGCGCCAUCAGCUCUCCGCCAUCUCUGCGGUCAAGGACCAAUUCCCACUCCAUGUCACGAAGCAGGCUCUCGGGCGCGAAACAUGGUUAUCCCGGCCUAUGUGCUGAUAAAGACCUAGAAGAGCUCAGGCUGCACCUUGAAGACCAAACCAGUUCUUUGGUGCAUUCCAUCCAAUCCCUCGUGGCCAGCAUACGGGGAGAGGACCCUAUUUCCUCUAUCCAAUUGCACAUCAACACUAUUGCAGAUGCAGUUGAGAAGGUAGUCUCCUCGACGGAGACCACCAUGUCCAAGCCAGACGCCAAUCCGGCGUUACGUGAACGAGCAGUCCCCGUAAUAGAAAUCCUGGCCCGGCACCGCGACGACCUCGUUGACAUUGGUGCCGGAGGUGACAAGCUGAGCAAUGCAGCUGAGAUCCGCGAGCUAAACAACAAACUACCCCCCAUCGCAUUCCAAAUUGCCCGGGAGACGAAGGAGCUUGUGCAGCGGAUCGAUCAGAUCGAGUAUGACAGCCAGAACAACGAGGAUGAUGAUUUCCGAUAA